UUAUUUAGUUUAUGUUAGGUAGGUGCAGACAGAGCACCCCAUCUCGCUCGAGCAGCUGCUAGCUGCUUGAACCGAACAGUCGUAGUCGACAGUACCGUUAGUUAGGUACAUGCAAAGUAAAAGUAAAAGGCGAUACGAGUAGAUAUUUUAGCUGCUAUGUCCCAAUCUAGAAAACGCACAUUCAAAGUGAGUUUGUGUGACAAGCCGGAGCAGCGGUAUGGGUUGUCUCUUGCCAAUGCUACCCUGGACGCGGUUCUGGAGGCGGCGUGUAAAAAGCUCAAACUGAGUCCUCGAGGAGCCACCCUGCGAACAGCAUCAGACAACACGAUCAUUGAUGAUGACGAGUAUCUCCUUUCUGAUGAACUGAAGCCUCCGAAUAAUCACCUUGUUGUAGUUCCGAAAGGCCAGAAUUAUGACAGUACUGAAGACCUGCUGCGACAGCUCAUGCUGAUACAGAACCGUCUGGGUCAGCUUCACGACUCACACCCGGAGGACGUGAGCCGAAAACUCGAUGAAUUCCGCGAUCGCUCCGCCAAGCAUAGUAUUGUCGUGGAUGGUGUCGCUACCCUCACCACCAGCACGGCCCAUGUGUCAACACGUGAGGAAGACCCCGACUGGUUCAUCGACAUUCCCAAUCGAUUCAAAACGAAGGAAAAGUUCAUGAGGGACAGGGCACGAGGUCGUGUUGCCGGCUAUCUAAAGGUGACUAAGAGCUUUGUGAAGGACUACAGUGCGGAGAGCAAGCACCCUGAAGCAGUCAAGACCGUCCUGGAGCAGGCAGUCCAAGACUUGACACACCAGCUCAAACCCCGGAACUACUUUGAGGGCUACUUUGAUCGUACCAAUGCAGAGCACCGCUUUUGUGAUAGAGACGGUGAUUUCUUCUGCCAGGGAAUCUAUAACGAGGACGGUUGUAACUACAAGAGUGUCAUCAAUCCAUACAACAAUGGCAAGCACCGCAUUGAGUUCUCCAGCUGGAAUCUGGACCAUGUGAUUGAGAAAUCCCGCUCUGUCCUACCGAACCUCCGCAAAGCUGCAGAGCAUGUGGUGCAAAGCAAGGGACGCGAUGAGGUCAACAUCGACUAUUUCUUCAGUCUUUUAUUUACAAAGAACAACCUGAAGCUCGUAGAGACCGCCUGUCACGAUAAAACUGAACACACUGACAGAGACUGUGAUCCAAAGAUGAUCACCCGACGUACUUGAAAACUUGACAUCUAGAGUCCAUUUUAGGAUUUAUGUUAACACAGGAACUGCAUUGGGACUCCAGUGUUUCCCUGGUUGCUUUCUGGAACAGCUGCUUGCUUGUAGUAGGUCUAGUUCGCGCAUCUCAUGUAUUUUCACUCAUUCUUGAUACAGAUAUAGAGAUUCCGAGGAUUAUUAUCUAAAUAUAAAGGUGGUUACCAUCGA